UAAGUUGGACGUGUUUCUUUCGUUGCUAGUAAAGUAAAGUGUUUUGCGAAGCUACCUCUCUUUCUCUCUCUCAACUUGGGGUGUGUGUUGUGUUUAGUUCACUGAUCGGAUUGGAUCUAGUGAAGGUGAAGCUGAAAGGUGGUGCGGUUUCGGUGCAGUGUUUUGUGCCAGCGCCAGGCAAGCCAGCAAGCCAGCAAGCAAGCUAGCGAGCAAUCAAGCAGCAGGAGCAAGGAGGCGAGAGAGAAAGAAGUAGAACGGAGUGUUUGAACGGUAUUACGCAGUAUUUUCAUCGUCAACUCGAGUGUUGAACUGAAAGUGGAAUAUUAUAUUUAGUCGGUCGCAGAGUGAAUUAAAGUGAAGUUUUGCACUGUUCGCGGUUAUUAAAGACCGGUUUGUGCGUUGGUUGUUUUGGAUCGACUUUGGUUUUGCGUACAGCGCAAGAAGGUGUGCCCCAGAAGUGUAAAAAGUGUUAGAAGUUGCUGGAACGAAUACCCUCAGCCGGCUUCUGCUUUUCAAGGCCGGAGGACAUUUUGUUUCCCCGAUAAAAUACAAAGUUUGUCUGAGAGAAAAAGACUGUCUAUUUAUUAAUUUGUAAGUUGUAAACUAAGCAUACCUAUUAAACGCGUGAAAAUUGCGUAAGGAAACUAAACUUUCAUUGCGAGUCGAUUUCGAGGUGGUGAAAAUAAAUCCUAAAAUAACCCAGAGGUUGGCUACCUUUCGUGUGUGGGUGCGCACUGUGCGACAUCGGUGUGAGUAAUCAGCCGGCCAAACAGUAACAAAGGAAUUUGUGCCAGAAGUUUGGUUCCCCUGGAACAACUGCCGUAAUGAUGGAUGUAGAAAAGCAGUUGAAUGGGGAUCAUGCCAUGCAUAAUGGCACUAAUGGGCACCAUGCCGGUUCCUUGAGUCCGACUGGUAGUCCGAAGGCUGCCAUCAAUGGAGCGGGCGAUGGUCUCAUGAAGAAACCUACUGCCAUUCUGGACGAUAAGCAUAAGAGACGUGGGCGCAAGCUGUCCCGAUCGAACAGUAAGGACGGAGUUUUGGGAGUUGCCGGAACUCCGAAUUUCGUUGCUCCGCACAGAAAGUGGAAAAACAGCCGCCGAUCCCGCAAUGGUUUCGGCCGCGGCUUACCGAAGAAGGGUGGAGCCGGUGGUAAGGGCGUAUGGGGAAAACCUGGCUCGGAAAUCUACGACGAGAUGGAGGAAGAGGAUCAGAACGAUCCUAACUUCGAUCUGGACGCCUUUAACAGCUCGCACAACAUCGAGUUGAAGGAAGUCAUCCCGGACAUGACCGAGGCGGAGUUCACCAAGAAGGUAGAACCGGUCAUACUGGAGUAUUACGAGCACGGCGAUACGCACGAGGUGGCCGAAAGUCUCGACGACCUCAUGACCGCCGAGCGAAGGCCGCUGAUUACCAAGAUUGCCGUCGAGAUGGCCUUCGAGCACAAGCAAUCGCAGCGGGAGAUGACGUCCGUGCUGAUCUCAGACCUGUAUGGCAGGACCAUUACGAGCCGUGAUAUAUGUAAGGGUUUCGAUAUACUGCUGGAGAAUUUACCGGACCUGAUUCUGGACACGCCGGAUGCGCCGCACAUUCUGGGCAACUUUAUCGCCCGGGCGGUGGCCGACGAUUGCAUACCGCCAAAGUACGCUUACGACGUUGAGAAGGACGACGGGUCGCUCAAUGCACCGGCACGGGAAGCCUUGACGCGAGCCAACACGUUGCUCUCGAUGCACCAGGGUUGGGGCCAUCUGGACGACGUGUGGGGCGUCGGCGGUGCGCUCCGGCCGGUGCAGACCAUCACACGCCAGAUGGCGAUGCUACUGCAGGAGUACCUGCUGUCGCGUGAUCUCGAGGAAGCGCAGCGCUCGAUCCGGGAGCUCGAAGUGCCGCACUUCCACCAUGAACUGAUUUACGAGGCCAUCGUUAUCGCGCUGGAGGCGCUAAACGAGGCCACUGAAGAGGCAUUCUGUAAUCUCUUCAAAACGUUGGACGAAACCUGUAUAGUCACACCGGAGCAAAUGGAGCAGGGCUUCCGUCGUGUCUACGACGAUAUGACCGACAUUGUGCUGGACAUUCCUUUGGCCUAUUCCAUCUUGGAUAGGUUUGUACAACGCUGCCAGCGCGCCGGUUUUCUCAGCGAUGCUGUCAUCAAGGAUUUACCCUCAAGAGGGCGCAAACGUUUCGUCUCCGAGGGUGACGGUGGUCGUAUUAAGCCGGUCAAUUUGAGUGCCCGCGACUUUUAAGCACUCCCCCCGCGCGACCCUUCCCCGUAUCUUACGCAUGUGUCAACGCAAAUAACAACAGCAGCAGCCGCAGCAGCAGCAAAAAUUAUCGAUUUAACACCUCAGAUUUUCGUUUUAUUUUUAUUUUUGGCGUGUCAAUGGAUUGAAACCGCCAGACAGUAAACUGGUGAUCGCGCGCGCGACUCUACGCAACGCACAGAUUGGUGUGUGUGCAUCAUUCCGGAAAACGGGGGAAGGUGUAGCUUUUCCGGUGGCGCCGGGCCCCUUACAGCCCAGAAUAUUUUUUUUAAAGGAGAAGAGUGAGAUUCGAGAAAAGUUUUUCAUCCCGCAAACGGAUCAGAAUUCUACCAAAUAAGAUCACCAUAUUAUUACUCAAUCUACCUGUCGAGAGUGGAGAGCGAAUGUACCCUUUUCACCGGGGGGUUUGUCACAUGUUUUAGAUCGCAGCAGCAAUAUUGGACACACUCUCUUUUUUAAUAGUGGUAAGAUAUAUGUAGAACACUCACACAGCAGCAUCUUUUAUGCGAUUUACAUCGUUUGCUACUAGCAAGUAUUAGGCAGAGGCCGAUCACCGCCAGCAGAGCAGACAAAAACGGAUGAUUGACUAAACUUUAAAAAGAAGGAAACGGACAGUUCUGUUGGAGGAAACUUAUUCACUGUAACCUAUUUAUACUGCAAAUUGAACAGAAAAUUCGAACUACUAAUUGAAACCACUAUUUGAAAACAUAUGUAUAAUCUAAGGGAUAAAAGAAGAAGCAAACAAACAUAAACUGAAUGGAAUCUAAUAAUAAUAUUUGUUUUACGCGAUAUCCAGAUUGAAAAAAAAACAUAAAUUUAGACACACCACUAAAAUAAACCUUCGAACACACGUAUAAAACAGCAUUAAAAUUAUUUACUCUAGUAGACUAAAAAAGUAGGUCGUCUUGUUACAAAGUUGACAGCAGUGGACAGGCACCUUCCUCUAGCAUUUAGGCAAUUGUUGGUUGCGGCAAAAGAAAUUACCUACCUAAGUUUAGUUUAAAAUCAUUUGAUGAAGAAGCGAAACGUUUCACAUGUAAUGUUGUUUUAGUCCAAAAAGAAAAGCCUUAUUACUAACUUAGUAGCACCAGACGUGGACACAGUGUACGUAGCGUUAGUUGUAGCUGAGUGUAAUUUAUUUCUACAAUAUCCCGCACAUGCCGGUCGGUCGAAGCCGGCUAAAUAAGAGUACGCAUUUUUCGUCAUUUGAAGUUUAAAAUCGGUUCUAUCAGGAAAGUUUUAAUUCUUUUUUGCUUGAGUUUCGUUUAUUCCUAGUUACUAGAAUUGAAGAUAUGAACGGUUGGAUUGAUAUGAGAAAAAUGCUACCUGAUUACAUACUAGUAUCCCCAUUUCUUGUAGUUGUCUAACGUUUUCUAUCGACUCGAAGUAAAAUUAACCAUAAACAAACUAAACGCGAUGUAGAGAUGAACACUCCAGAGUCAGUGUUUUAUUUUCCAUUGACUGCGGUCAUUCGUUUGGCUUUGGUUGGAUCUAGCUGUCUGCCCUAGCGUGAAACAACUUUCGACAUCUUCGAGAAGGUAAAAUUUUGAUCACCAGUGAAAUAAAGAAGAAAAAACAAAAGGAAAUCGUAUAUGUUAAUAUUCUUAAAGUAUAGUAACACUAUAUCGUACUGAACUAAGUUGCAAAUAAAAAUGCAAAGAAAUCAUGGAAAUAAAAACAUGCAAUUAUUGAGCAUAA